CUAAUCGAUUCAUUAUUAAUCUUCUCUUUUGAGCUUCUGAUUGGAUAGAUUGGAUUAGUAGUAGUAGUAGUAGUGCUAGUAGUGCUAGUAGUAGUAUACCAUUGCUGAAGAUGUCUAACUUCUCAUCUCUUACUCCUUCUCGUCCGGCUCCUCCGGCUCCUUCCGAACAACAACAAGCACUUCAACAACCAUCACAACACUCAUCAACCGAUCAUCAUCCCAACUCUCAUCAUUCAUCUCGUUACAAUUCAGGAUCUUCUACUUCUUCUCCUGGUUUACCUUCAGGUUACGUACCUGCUCCUGGUUUUACUAAUCCGGCUAGCAGUAUGAUUGGUUCUUCUCCUUUUCCUAUCAAUCCUCCUGCAAAUCAAACUACAAUCGUUAGAAGAGGCUUUGCUAAAUUGAAGGAAGAUGGUCUUAGAAGUUGGAUUUGGUCUCAACGUUGGCUUAUUCUGCGUGAACAAACUUUAACGUUUCAUAAGAAUGAGACUACUUCAACUGCUGCUGCACUCAUCUUUCUGAAAGAAAUCACCAAUGUAGCUCGAACCGAUUUACGUCCUUAUUGUCUAGAAGUCGAAACCAAAGAAAAAACCUAUAACCUAGCUCUUAAGAAUGAUGAAGAACUCUAUGGAUGGAUGGAUGAUAUUUAUUCUCGUUCGCCUUUGAUGGGAGUUUCGAAUCCGACGAAUUUCGUUCAUCAAGUUCAUGUAGGCUUUGAUGCGGUUUCAGGAGCGUUUACAGGUUUACCUGAACAAUGGACUAGACUGUUGACCAGUUCGGCGAUCACUAAAGAAGAUUAUGCCAAGAAUCCUCAGGCUGUACUCGAUGUACUUGAGUUUUAUACUGAUAUUCAGAAACGAGAAAAUGAUGAGUAUGGUCUUGGUACUCCUAAUAUGGGAAUGACUGAUCGAGUGGGUGGUGCUAGUGGUUCGAAUGGUGCGGGUGCUGGUUAUGAUUCACCUGCUCAACAUGAGAUCGAUUAUCAUACAUCACCUUCUUUGAACAGUAGUCAUAACAGUGCUCGUUUUAAUGCUUCUUCCACUAGACUUAGCAAUCAACCUAGUAAUCAACAAAUGCGAAAUGAACUACUAGCCAACCCUCGUACGCUUGCUUCGCCUUCUCCUUCACGUGGUCCUGAGACCAUCAAUGAUGGACCGAACCUUGUACCUCAACGUGCUGCACCUAGUGCACCAUCAUCUGCCUCUAAACCUCAAGCAGGUGGAUUGAAACCUCUUAGCUUAUCAUCUUCUGCUUCUGCAAGACCCACUCAAGCUGAGAAACCUGUCUCGAAACCUAGUUUGCCUGUCAAAUUACAACAAGGACCAAAACCACUUCAACUUGGACAACCUAGAACGAACGGUAAUACACCAACGUUACCAAACAAAUCUACUCCGACUCCUUCAGCUACUAACCCUUCUACAACUAAUGGGUCUCAAACUAAUCAUUCAGAGAACGCUAGUCCAGACUUAUCGAAUCCUUCACAAGCCACACAAACACCAGCCCAAGCACCGGUAGUGAAAGCCUUACAAACAGUUAAAAAACAAGAAGCCAAAUCAAACGAACGUAGGAUCUCAUCUUUAACAGAAGCCCAAAUCAUGACGAAAUUAAGAGGAGUGGUCUCACCCCAAGACCCAAAUCAAUUAUAUGCCAAGAUCAAAAAAGUAGGACAAGGAGCAUCAGGUAGUGUAUAUGUAGCUAAAGUUUUGGCUACUGGACAGAAAGUGGCGAUUAAACAGAUGGAUUUAAAGGUUCAACCUAGGAAAGAAUUGAUUGUGAAUGAGAUUCUGGUUAUGAAAGAAUCACAACAUCCGAAUAUUGUGAAUUUCUUGGAUUCCUUUAUUUUAGGGAAUGAUGAACUUUGGGUUGUUAUGGAGUUUAUGGAAGGUGGGGCUUUGACUGAUGUGAUUGAUAAUAAUAGUAUGGAAGAAGAUCAGAUCGCUAGUAUUUGUCAUGAGUCUUGUAAAGGUCUUCAACAUCUUCAUCAACAGAGUAUUAUUCAUCGAGAUAUUAAAUCAGAUAAUGUACUUUUAGAUUGUCAAGGACAUGUGAAGAUCACUGAUUUUGGAUUCUGUGCAAAACUAACCGAUCAAAAAUCAAAACGAGCCACCAUGGUAGGUACACCUUAUUGGAUGGCACCAGAAGUCGUUAAACAAAAGGAGUAUGGAGCCAAAGUGGAUAUCUGGUCACUUGGAAUCAUGGCUAUUGAGAUGAUUGAGAAUGAACCACCUUAUUUGGAUGAAGAACCUUUGAAGGCACUUUAUUUGAUUGCUACUAAUGGUACACCUACGUUGAAGAAACCGGAAAGGUUGAGUAAAGAAUUGAAAAACUUUUUGGCGGUUUGUUUAUGUGUUGAUGUGAAAUCUAGAGCGACGGCAGAUGAACUUUUACAACAUGAGUUUUUGAAAAAGUCUUGUACUAUGGCUGGAUUGGCUCCUUUAUUAAAGUUUAAAGCUUCAUCAAGAUGAAAUUAUCAUUAAAAAAAAUACUAAAAUGAUGAAAGAAAUACACAUUUAUAUAUGAGAAACGGUGUGGUGUUUUUUUAGGAGGCUUUUUUCUUUUCUUUUAUCUUAUCUGUGUUGUUUUUUAUGAGAAAGAGUUUCAUUUUUUUUCUUAAAUCCUGACUCGUUUUUUUUCGUUUCAACAAGAAGAAGAAGAGAAUGAUUGAAGUUGAAGUUGGAGGAAAAAAGGUGUUUCGAACUGGGUAUUUAGUUUGGUUUUUUUUGUUGUUUGAUUUGAUUGUUGUUUUCUUAUAGGAAAAAAGGGUUUUUGUGGUUUUGUGGAAUGAGAUGAGAUUUGAUUUGAUUUGAUGAGAUGGGGGUUUUCUUUGGUUUCUUUUUUUUUUCUUUUGGAAAUGUCAAAUGUCUGGGGUUUUCUUUGCUUUUUGGUUCGGUAUAUUUUAUAUAGAUAUAAAUAAAUAAAUAAAUAUCUUUCUUUUUAGGUUUUUUUCAUGAAAAAAAAGGUUUAUGUUUGU